AUGGGUCCCAACUGUGUCACCCAGGCGGGUCCCGACUGGGAUGCCCAGGUGGGUCCCAACUGGGCUGCCCAGGUGCACAAUAUGGAUGAAGAACCAACAAUCCUUAGAAAUCUUGGAGAAGAUGGGGUCUACAGCAAGUUUUUGGGGGCAGAGUUUGAUGUUAACAAGGAGGCAAGCACCCUUCUGCAGUCAGCUGCUUUGUCUGAGCAGCUGGGACACAUCAUUAAAGGGAUCGCGCUGCUGGACGGCGAGAUCGCCGACCAGGUCAGCGCCCACUACGAGGACCUGCUCUCACAGGCCACUGGCACCGAGACGCUGGAUGACGUGCUGCAGUCGAUGCUGACCCGCAUACAGGCUCUGCUAGCCGCUGUGGAGCGGCUCCGCUCCCGGGUCGAGGAGCCCUUCCUCAAGAUCGAGUCGCAGAGCCUGAUGCUGUCGCGGCUGCACGCCGCUUGUGACAUGCUGCGCCGCCUCAUCCGGCUGCAGUACCUCUCCAAGCGGCUGCAGGCGCAGCUCAAGGGCGGCGUGCGCGACAUCACCAAGGCCGCCAAGAGCCUAAGCGAGCUGGACGAGACCGUGUCGGACGUGGACCUGAGCGGGCUGGAGGUGUUUGAGCGCGAGCAGCGACAGAUCCGCGCCGGUCGCCAGCUGGUGGAGAAACAGGCGGCCGGACUGCUGCAGCGCGGCAUGGAGGCUCUCAACCAGUCCCAGGUGGCGACAGCGCUGCAGGUGUGCCACAGCCUAGGCACGCUGCAACCGACGGUAGAUGGUCUGCUGGCGUCGACGCGCGCGCAGCUGAAGACGCGACUGACGGAGGCGCUCCAGCUGGAGGCGCUCGUGUCGGCCUCCAGCGCGCAGACCCCUGGCCAGGGCCGGCCGGGCGCCGCCGCCCUGCCCAGCAGCACGGUCACAUUCCGAGCGGCGCUGUGGAACAAUCUUGAGCGGCUGGCCGACCACAUCUACGGCGCCUGCGCGCAGAUACAGCACAUACACAAGGUGCUGAGCAAGAAGCGCGAUCCGGUGACGCAGGUGUGCUUCAUUGACGAGGUCAGGUCAGGUCACCUGAUGCCCAUUUUCUGGGAGGACGUCACAGCCGUGAUCAGGGAGGAGUUUAUCCGCGCCGCCGAAGAGCAGACGUUCAUCAAGCAGGCGUUCGAGGGCGAGUACCCGAAGCUGGUGCGUCUGAACUACGACCUUUGGACGCGGCUGCAGCAGUUCGCCACGCCGCCGGCCACUGACGGCCAGCCCCAGUUCAAUCCGGAGGCGAGCCUGCGCGAGGCCCUGGCGCCGUUCGAGCGGGCGUACCUCUCACGCUCGGUCAGCCGCCUCUUCGACCCGGUGAACCUGAUGUUCUCGGCCGAGACGGUGCCGGCGCGCGAGGAGGUGGACGCCGUGGUGCGCACCAUCGCCAAUGAGCUCAACGUGUCAGGCGUGGACCCGUCGCUAUGCCAGCUGGUCGCCCGUAACGUGGCCAAGACGGUGCACCUGUUCUGCGUCAAGUGCGAGCAGCUGCUGGUGACGGACGGCGACGCCAGCCAGGUGAUCGGGCCGAUGUCGCCCGGACAGACGACCAACGCCAGCCUGGUGAACCUGCUGCACGCCUUCCACGGCCAGCUGAGCCGCCUGCUGGCCAACCAGCCGGGCCUGGCGGCCGAGGCGCGCGCCACCGUGCAGGCGGCGCUGGAGAGCGUCACCGCGCUGAUGGCGGCCGGCAUCCAGCCGCUGCUGUCGUCGAUCGGCGAGGCCAUCGAGGCCAUCAUACUGACCAUGCACAACGAGGACUUCUCCGGGGAGGAGGACGGCACGUCAGAGGCCAGCUGCUCGCUCUACAUGAAGGAGCUGCAGGCGUUUAUCGCCCGAGUUGUCGACGACUACUUGUCCCCUUUCAACUGCAAGCAGUUGCUCUCGGACAGCAAGCUGGAGCUGGGCCGGCGCGCGCUGCACCUGUUCGUGCGCCACGCGGCGCUGGUGCGACCGAUGGGCGCCGCCGGCCGCCUGAAGAUGGCGGCCGACUGCGCGCAGGCCGAGCUGGCCGUGACGCCGCUGGUGGAGCGGCUGGCCGACCUGGGCACCGCCUACCGCGUCCUGCGCGCCUACAGGCCGCUCCUGUUCCAGACGUCGGAGCACGUGGCGCAGUCGCCGGCGCUGGGCGAGGUGCUGCCCUACAGCCUGGUGCUGCACAUGCUGUUCGCGCGCGGCCCGGCCGAGCUGCGCUCGCCGCACCAC